AUGCAGCAAAACAGUAGUAGCACAAAUCCAGGUGAUACCACCAAUGAUCCAACAACGACCAUUCAUAAAAACCUCAAUCCCCCUACAACAACAACAACAACCAAUGUAAAUAAGACUCCCUCGAUCUCUCGUUUAUUAAACAAAGGCUCUUCCUCUCAACACCAACAGAACAAUAAAAUGCCCGUUGGAAAAUCCGCUGGCACACUCUCGGAUCGAGAUGACCUGAUAGAACUUGUCUCGACCACUGGUGCGUCCAGAAAAGAACAUAGAGAAACAUCACCAGGUUCUCCUUCAACUUCCGAUAAGCAAUCAACAAUAGUAGGAUGUGGGAAUGAUCAUGGCCAUGAAUCUCAUCAUCAUGACGAGCGUCAUCAUCACAACGACCAUCAUCAUUUGAUGAAUAAGAGUUUUUUGAUGGGUUUUAUACCUAGGUGGACGUUUCACCCAAACAAACAGUCGGAAGCAAGAGAUUUAUUGGCUGUCGAACGAACGCAAUUGGCGUGGGUAAGAACAGGUCUAUCGACCAUUGCUAUUGGAAUUGCAAUUGCAAAAUUAUUGACGAGUGACGCUGAUUCUGAAGCAGCAAAAAUUUUAAUGGUCACAAUAGGCACCAUCUUUAUCGUACUAGGCCUCUUAAUAUUCUGUUAUUCUUUCGUAAGGUUCCACUAUGCAACAAGACGAUUAAUUUCCGGAGUUUUUGUUGCAGAUAUGUUUUCACCGGUUUUCAUGUUUGUUUUUGGAGUAACUGCAUGCAUUGCAGCGCUUGCUCUUGUGUUUGUGUGA